AUGAAUCCUUUGAAACCCCUCCUAUUGCUGGUCGGGGCAGCUAUUGUCCUGCCAUGGGACAUCGCUCUGAUCCCGGGGCCAGUGCCAAGGAUCAACCUGCAGACGGAGAACACAGGCCCCCUGGACGAGCCCAACUACACCCGGGAGAGUGUGCUUUUCCCAUCAGUAGAGCAGGGACUCCAGCUGGAGGCCUGGGUCUACCGACCGAAGCACCCGGCCGCCAGCCCGCCGCCAGUUGUGGUCAUGGGCCACGGCCUGGGCGCCCAAAAGGACAUGGGCCUCCACAACUACGCCUCCCGCUUCGCCGACAGCGGCCUCGCCGUCUUUGUAUUUGAUUACCGCACCUUCGGCGGCUCCGAUGGCAUGCCCCGCAACUGGAUAUCCCCGCGGCGGCACCUGCAGGACUGGCGGUCGGCGCUGCUGUAUGUGGCUACCGGCCUGUCGGCGGACGGCAGCGUCGACGCGGCCAGGGUGGCGCUGUGGGGGACGUCGUUCGGCGGCGGGCACGCGCUCGUCAUGGCGGGGGAGCAGAAGGAUGCGAUCCGAGCGGUCGUGCCCUUCCUGGACGGCAAGCUCACGCUGCAGCGGAACUUGAAAACGCGCGGCGUGCUCGCCCUCCUGCGCGGCGCGGCGGCAGGCCUGCACGACCAUGUGCGCGGGGCCUUGGGGCAGCCGGCGGCGUACGUGCGGCUUGCGGGGCCCGUGGGUUCCAACUCGCUGAUGCAGUUGGAUGAGUACGAGCUGGAGUCGUACUUCUCAAAGCACCCCAAAGUGUACCAGGGUGGCUGGCGCAACCAGGCGCGCGCCGCCUUUGGCCUGGAGGCCUCCUCCUACCGGCCCAUCGAGUCCGUGCCGCACGUCACGGCGCCCGUCCUUUACAUCACCGCGGUCAAGGACACGCUGUGCCCGCAGGAGGCCAUCCAGGCCGCCGUGGCGAGCACGCCGCGCGCGCGGCAGAUCGUCAUGCCGUGCACCCACUUUGAUGUCUACCGGGGCAAGGAGUUUGAGCAGGUGGUAGAGGCGGAGACGGCCUUCCUGCUAGAGCACCUAGCGCCAGAGGCGGCGGCAGCGACGGCGGCGGCGGCGGCGGCAGCGGCGGAGCAGGAUUCGGCGGCGGCAGAGCAGGGCGCGGCGGUGGCAGGCGGCGGGGAUGCGCAUGAGGAGCUUUGA